AUGCGGCACUCGCUCAAGAUGAUGCGAGUCGUGCUAUGUGUUCUGCCCUUUGUGGCCUUGAGUUAUGUCUCUGCUUCGCCGUCGCCACGCGCAACCGCUGAGCCUCAGACGACACCUCCAACGACGAUUUCUUACACGAUUUCUCCUGUCCCUCCCCUUUGCAAACCCACGGAUACCCCUGACGACUGCAAGAUGAAGAAGGUUCAGUGCGGCUUCAUCACGAAGGCCCUCUCUCCCCCGGGCGGAUACGUCAAGACUAUCAUCAACUGCGCGAAGGACGCCGGCGUCGUUCUGGGGAAUGUCUUCUUCUCGAGCAUUAGUGAAGCUUUCAAGAGCGGAGCCCCGGAGACCAUCAGUGAGAUGACCUCUCCUGACCCCAAAGUGGUCACCGGCAUCCGCCGCUGCGCCAUGAACGCUACAGGCCUGGUAAGCCAACUCCUGAUCGUCUGUGUUCCCGACAUGAGCCUGGACCGCAUGGCCGUCGCCAACGCCCUCAUCGUGGCCACCAACGGAUCUCCCUUGGGCUACGCCGUGGCCGCCGCCUCCGCCUCCUGCUCCAAGCCUCGCUCGUUCAGGAUGGCCGACUACUUGAGUUGCCUCAAGCAGACCUGCGCCAAGAAAGUGGUCCAGCUCAAUGAGCCCACUACGCCUUCGUCAGACAGCCAGGUCCCCGGCAGCUCUCCCUGA